UUCUCUCACACUCCCUCUUGCUUUAAAUAACAAAUAUUUGAAGUCUUUUGUGGGCACGGUUUGUUAAUGCCUUUUUUGUUCUAGGGUUUGGCAUAUAAAUGAGCAUCACAUAGAAGUGGAGUGAUUAAAUUAGCUGAAGUGUAUAGAAGUGUAGGUUGGGUCAAGUGAUCAGAGAAACAUCAAACAUGUAUCAGUAUAGUUCCCAGAUGUACGGAACUGAAUGGGAAUCCUACAUGGGAAUUACCAACCUAGCCAAGGUUGUUUCAUCAGAACAGCUAUGUGUUGAUCCAACAAAAUCACCCUUCAACAUUGUGACCACUCCUCUUCAAACUCCACCAGGUUUUUGUGCAACCAGAAGCCUUGUGAGUUUUCAAGCUCAACAACAUGAUCAGAUUGAAGUUCCUGCUUGGUGCUUUGAGUUUCCAAAGACCACGACGACAACAACAACAAUAGACUCUGGAGAUAACUUCACCAGUACCAAGCAAGAUCUACCAUCCUCACAAUUCACAAGCUCCUUAUUGUGCCCGGUUGCUGAAUCUUUCUUGUCUAGUAAUAGUUCAGAUUGUCCUUCUUCUUCUGAAAAGUAUUGUAAAUUUGCUUGCUCUGAAAAGUAUAGCGAUAUUCAGCCUGACAGUGUGCCAUAUUAUGAUCAAUUUUCACAAGAUGAUAAGUUACUGAGGGAUGAUGCUGCCACAGAUGAAAGGCCCCUUGAGAUUUCCUUUCAGAGAAACCAGUUGGUCUCGUGUAGAAAGCGAGAAAAGCAGGGUCCUCGUCAACAUUGUGGGGGUGCCUGUUUAACUUCAAGUAACUCUGCUUUUAGGAGAGGCAAAAGAAGAAUAAAAUGGACCAAAGAUCUGCAUGAACCAUUUAUGAUGAUUGUUAAAAGCCUUGGUGGCCCCGAAAAGGCAAAGCCAAAGGCUAUACUAGAGAUGAUGAAAUCAGAUUUGCUGUCCAUUUCUCACGUUAAAAGUCAUUUGCAGAAAUGUCGGUCCACAAUACACAUGCACAAAGAUUUACAGGUUUUUCUUUCAGAAAGAUCCGAGGAAGGACAUAAAACAGAUGAGGUGGCUGAGCUUCAAGUCAAAAUCCAAAUGCAAAUUGAGGAAUCACGGCAAUUGCAGCUAGAGGUCCGGAGGAAUAUUUGCCAACAACUAGAGAUGCAACGAAAUUUGCAAGUGCUAAUUGAACAGCAGAGCCAGCAGCUGAAAGUAAUGCUAGAUUACCAAAAGGAAAGAACCAAACAGGAGAAGAACCCUUGACAGUUGACACAGAACUGGAAGCUCCUAUCCCCAAAAUAUGAAUCAAUUGUUUUGAUAAAUAAGUGACUCUAUUUUCCUAGCUGUCAUGUGGCAUGGCUAGGGCACAUGCAAACACCAUUUUGCUUCCUUUUUCUUGCAAUUGGCAAUCAAGAAUUUUUUUGCCUUUGGCAGCUACUUCAGAAUGUAAGCACCUCCAGUCUGCUCUGUGAACACUCCCACACAAAAAGGGUUAUCACAGAAUUGAGAGAAGAACCGAAAACAUCUUCACACUAACUGGGUCGUAUAUAAAUAUUAUGAUACUUGUAUUUAUACGAUUUAUUGUUAACUAUAUUUCAUAUAGAAAUCUGACUUUUAUUUCUUGA